CGGAUACGAGAAGCUUCUUACUUAAAAAGUUUGGCGCGUUUCUUAAAAGAGCCUCACCCGUCAAGGUCGCGUGUUUUUUAGUGUAUGGUCUGCUAUUGUAGCUGGUUGAGGAUUAAACACUGAAAAAUGACUUUUUUUCAUUUCCCAACAUCAAAAACUAGCUUCUUCCUUCGGGUCAAAAAAACUAGAGUAAGUCCCAAGUAAGAUGAUGAAGAUAACAGAAGAUAAUGGUUACGUUUCCAUAGGAUCCUAAUGAAGUAAAUAAGUAGGUCUUUGACGUUUUGGAACUUGAAGAGUCUGAUUUCAAAAUAAAUAAUCACCAGUUAACAAACUUCGUCGGUAAAAGACACCAAGUGAAUCAAACAAAUUAUUGCUGUGCAUUACAGUUAUCGUUUGAAUGUGACAUUGUACUGUUGAAGUGUCAUGUAUAGAGUGUGAACGAAUGGGAUUGUUUGUAAAGAUAUGCUUUCGGCGAAAAGAUAAACAGGUCGUAAGACGUAACGAUUUUACAAGCACAUACUUUUUACCACAUACAGUCUGUCGAAAGAACGGUCGGAUCAAAACUAUUGAAAAUUAUAGCUAAGGAUAUUGAUUUAGAACUCAUUGUGGUUGAGUUAUUGUUUAUGUGGUCUGUUGACCCUAGUUUUCCACACUAAGCUUCACUUGAACCAUAUUAGGUGUGAAAGAAAAUGUUCGUCUGUAAAUAUCCAUGCGAUGUGUUACAUUUUGACUUUUCAGUGAUUGGAAAGCUGCUUUCAAGCACUCGAUCACAGACUCGAACUCCGCCCCACCUACUUCGGUUUGUGCAACUGGAUAAUAUCACUGGUCCCUACAAAAGUAGUGUAACUAAAACUAAGCAUUUAUUUACUUUGACGUCUAACUAGAGCCCUCUGGAGAGCAAACUCGAAAAAACCAAGCUAGUUUCAGACCUGUAUGUGUAUGCAUUAACCACAUAUUCACCAUUCGGCUGAUUAAGAAACAUAGACACAAUUUUCGACUUUUGAAAGUAGUUGUAUUCACUCGUUGACCGAUAAUACGCAGAUGAUAUAUUUCUGUUUGGGGAAGACUGACAAAACAUAGCCUUCUGACCACCUUAAAUAAAAAUGGAAGCAUGUUUGAGUGCAGUUCUCUCUCUCCAAAUGCGAAAUGUCACUUCAGGACUGGCUUGUAUAAUCUGAUUUAAUGAUAUGGAGUGAAGUAGUUGAGCAUAUUGGUCGCUUCACUUGUCUUAGGAGUCUCAUCAGUACCAAUGGUCUGAUGUCUGACGAAAUCUCGCCACGAAUUUAGAAGGCUUGAUUGUCUUUUACCAGUUGCGUCACUUGUGGCGUAGGCUAGAUAUCCGUCUGCCAACGGAAGGACUAGUUUACUGCGCUUCAGUUCACUCCGUUCUAAUUUAUGGAUGUAGAACAUGGCCAUUAAGAAAAGAGGAUAUUCGCGAAUUACUAUUUUUCGACCAUAGAUGUAUUCGAAGCAUUACUCGUGUAUUUUGGGAUUAUCGAGUAAGCAAUAUCUGGAUUAAAAAUAGAGUACUAGGUAAAGGUGACAAAUCGAUUGAUGGGAUUAUAAAUCUUCAUAAACUCAGGUGGUUGAGACGUGUGUUACGUAUGCCUAACCACGAUCUGCUUCUACGAGCGAUGUUGUGUGGUGUAGGAGUAGGGUUAAGGAAGUCUAAGGAUGACCAAACCAAAACAUGCAUUUGGUCCAUGAAGGCACUGACGAUUAGACUGAACCAUAUUAAUACUCAUAGUUCAGUGGUCUGACGUUUAGUUGUUGAUUCACACAUUCGAACUAUACUCCAGCUACCUUGGUUUAGAUGGUCGUGUGUCAUCACUAGCCCUCAUACUUAGAGUGCAGCUCAGAGUCAAGCUCUUGAGUCUGUUCUAUAAGUUUAUAAUAAUAGUUAUAAAAUAUGUGUAGCGUAUUCGGGUUAAUCAGGUCCGGCAGAAAUCUAAAGUAAAGAGUAACUAUCAAUAUGGAACCUAAUAAUAUAUUUUAGUAUUUUAUAUGUAUUAGUGAAAGUAAAAUUGAUUGGUCGUUGAGCGUGGAUAGACAGUCAUAGCCUACUGACUAUUAAAUACGUGACUCUUCCCUCUCAUUGAUUUCUUACCCUGACACACUGAGAGUGACUGCUUUUAAUUUUGUUGAAUAAAGUAUUAUCUAGUUGAUCCUCUGGUUCGUGAAACCUGGAUGUGAUAUAACGUUACUAUUCUCAUUAUCGUAUUAACGUAUCGUCGUAAUAUACUUGAGGGAGAAAAAAUAUUUUAAGCAUCGAAUGUAUCAGUACUUCAUCUUUAUCACUGUUAUGACGUGUGAUUUACAUAAAACUAGUUUUGUAUUCACCUAUUUUUUACUUUGCCCAAGUUCGUGAUUUCUAGUGAUAAUUUUUGCUUCGAAAUCUAUGUUUUUCUUCAUUCUAAAUAUUCGCUUAUUACAUACAAUUUACUAGUAGUUGUUUCUUUGCUCUCGAUUGCUUUAGUUUGACCAAAAGUAUCCAUCGUAUAUAAUCUCCAAAGGUUUUGCAAUAGUGCCGUCAUCUGGUCAGGAUAUACAUGCUACUGGUCGUUGUACGUUAGCUCCUGAUCAGUCAGUCCCUCGACAUGUUUCUCUUGCAUCCUCUAUUCGUUUACGAAACUCUUCUGUUUCGGAACUUCGACGAGAAUUUAUUAACUUUUUUCAAAGUCACCAACAUUCAGUGGUGGCACCGGCUUCCGUAUUUCCGAAGCGUCACGAAGGGAGUUAUUUCAUCAAUGCAGGUAUGAACCAAUUUAAACCAAUUUUUCUCAAUCAGUCGGAUAGUAUUUGCUCAGAAUUUAAGCAGUUACGACGUGCUACCAACUCACAGCCAUGUAUUCGAAUCGGUGGUCGUCAUGAUGAUUUAAAUGAUGUGGGAUAUGAUAGGCAUCAUCAUACAAUGUUUGAAAUGUUGGGCAGUUGGUCGUUCGGGGACUAUUAUAAGAAAGAGGCUUGCUCUCAGGUUUGGAAAUUUCUUACUGAGGUGUUAAACCUGCCUACCAAUGCAAUUUACAUAACAUAUUUCGGUGGUGAUCAAAAACUUGGACUUCCUCCAGAUGAUGAAACACGUGAUAUCUGGCUGAACUUGGGGGUGAUGGAUCAAAAAUUAAUGCCAUUCGGUAUUGAAUCAAACUUUUGGCGUGCAAAUCAGUUUAGUGGUGGAGGAUUGUGUGGUCCGUCAACUGAAGUACAUAUAGAUUUCAAAGCACUUUGCGGUGGAGACCAAUUAGACUGUGCACGUUGUUUAGUGAAUACUUCUAGCCCCCAAGUUUUGGAACUGUGGAAUUGUGUUUUCAUAACACAUCGUGUCAUAGCUGAUAACGAUGUGACCGAGAAACAUUUGAAACCUGACCUUCUUCAACCUUUAACUAAAUCAUUUGUAGAUACUGGAAUGGGACUAGAACGACUAGCAUGUGUGAUGCAGGGAUUGACAUCGAAUUAUGAUUCUUAUGAGAUGAAUAGUUUAAUGGAGUUUAUACACUCAAAGACAAACUCAUGUAAUCGUUCUGUACCUACUUAUCAAGGUUUAUUUUUAUCCAAUCCUCUACAAGAUGGUGAAAUUAAAACAGACAAAGAUCACUCAGAAAUUACUCUAUCUUUUCUGUGGAACAAAAUAUCUGGAAAAUCUUCAUCUUCUGCUGUCUGCUCAAAAUCACAUCUCGCCCUAGAUCAGUCUUGGAAAAAUUUUAACAUGGAUAACGAUCUUAUUGAUAUGUGGCAUCGAGAUACCGCCUAUCGAGUAUUGGUCGAUCAUAGUCGUGCUUUAGCAUUCGCCUUAUCAGAUGGUUUAUUACCAGGACGUCAAGGUCUACCUCUAAAAAUUCGUCAGCUUAUUCAUCGGGCUUUUCGUGCAUCUGUUUUAACUGGUCUCGAUACAGAAAUAACCACGUCGGGGAAAUUAAAAUCUCUCCUGGGAGCUUUGGUAUCUGAAGUAGCCAAAAGAGAUGUUCUUAGUCUUAAGUCGUUUUUUAACACAAUGGCUACCAUAAGAGGACCUAGCUGUAGAAAGUCUGAUGCAUUAACUCCGGAACAAAUGGAAUCAAUUAUUAAUGAAGAAGUGACUUGGUUUGCACCUCGUCUAUUUCAUAUGGAAAAGUCAUUUAGUCGGUGUCUGGAAGAAUGCACUGAUAGGAGACAAUUGUCAGCUGAACAAGUAACUAAAUUAAUGAACGGUGAUUAUGGACAUCAUAUAAGCUGGGAUAUGAUAUGUGCACAAUCAUGUUGGGCUGGUCUUUUGCCACCUUUGCCAAUCGAAACUAACUCUCCAUCGGACAAGAAUAAACCAUUACUGUUUAGAAGUCAGAAAUUAAAUUCAAAUGUAAUUUCACGUCAGUUGCAUAAUUUAUGUGUACCGUUUACGGAUGAUUCAUUUAAAUAUAACUGUUAUCGAAAAUCUGAACCGGAUCUAAAUGCAACUAGACAAUACGAUUUCCCAGAUUGUGAAACAAAAUUACUAGGAUUACUUGCGAUUGGUAAUAAACACACAGAUUAUACGUUAAUUACAAAACAAUCUUCGUCGAAUUCAGAUGUUACUUCUGUCAUUCAAAAUCUGUGCGAUGCAUCAAAUAAUGAAACUGCUAAUAAUUUACUCGGUUUUAUUUUUGAAAAAACUAACUUUUUUACAUCACGUGGUGGUCAAGACACUGAUACAGGUUUCAUUCACUAUCCUUCUAAGAUUCUUCAAUUUCAAGUUAUUGAAACAACUUUUGUUCCUGAUCCUACUUCGAGUUCUUCAACUAAUGGUUGGAUCAUACAUUGGUGUCAUAAACCAGAUAAUUUCUUUCUUUCAUUAAAUAAUCUGAAUUUUGAUCAAUCUUUUGUUCUAAGUAUUGAUAAAGAACGGAGAUUUAAUCUUAUGUGUUCACAUACUGGUCAACAUUUAUUUACAUCAGCUUUAGAAUCAUUAGUGCUAUCACGUGCUUCGGAUUCUUCAGCAUUUCAACAUAUUGGUGGUACUUCUCACCCUAAUUAUUUCACAUUAAAAGCUGCUAUUAUUGGUUCAGCGUCAGAACUAAUGCAAGAGGAUUUAGGUGAUUUUACAAGACAAUUAGAACAAAAGUGUCAAAAGUUAAUUAAUGAAAAUGGAUUUAUUUCCAUUUGGAAUACAGAAUUGGCACAUGCUUUAAAAGUGAAACAAAUUAGAUACUUCCCUUGGGAGGAGUAUAGUGCAAAAGUACGCACUGUGUGUAUAACAAAAGAAAAACAUCCAUUUAAUGAUCAUGAACUAGCAGAUUUUAAUUCUGUUAUCUCCGCUGAAUUAUGUGGAGGAACACAUCUUUUUGAGUUAUCCGAUUUACUAGAUAUAGCAAUAGUCGCAGUUAAAGGACGUCAGAAAACAAUCAAAGAAUUCACUUGCAUUUUUGGUCAUUUGGCUAAAUCUGCACAUCAAUGUGCUGACGAAUUGAUUCAAGAAGGUCGAUCAAGAGAAAAAUUAGCUAUUCAUAAUCCUAAAAAGGCAGCCAUUCAUAUCGAUUGGUACAAAUCUGUUUUAAAUGAUCCACAUUAUACUGGAUUUCUCCCAUUAUAUGCUCGAUUAGCAUUAGAAACCAAUCUUCACCAUAUCAAUCAUAAAACAGAUAUCAUUGAUAAUGAUCAAGUCCAAUUAUACAUUGAUAAAAUUAAAAUAAUGGUUGAAAAUAAUAACUGUGAAACAUCUCAAGCUGUAAUUUCUAAACUUGAUUUUCAUAGAUUAAAUGAACUUAUUCUUGCAUUUAUACAACUCAAUAUGACUCAACCAUUUGUUGUCUAUAAUAUGAAUUUAGCUAUCUGUUAUUUUCCGAAAUCACAUUCUAAUCAAACAGCUUUAAAUUUAGCGCAUAUGAUAGCCAAACUUUUAUCUACUGAACUUGGGAAAAUGCAUUUAACAGCGAAAGGUCGACCUUUACGUUCUAAUCAUUUGAACAAUGAUGACCGGUAUAAAUAUGCAUUCCUUCAACUUUCACCUACAGCGGAUACUUUUACCACGAUGACUAAGAUGCAACAAUCAUUGAAUUGGAAUGACUAUCAUACGUUAUUGGAAAAGUGUGUAAACUCUAUUUUACUGAGUCCAGUUUACGGUGAAGCAUAAAAUGUGUAGUUUAUAAACCUUUGAAUAUAUGAUAACUUGUUCUCUUUUCUUUUGUAAAUGUUUUAUUCCCAAAAAUAUUUACAAUACCCAUAUUUGUUUGUAAAUUCCCUAUUUAUAUCAAAACAAUAUAAAUUGAAACUCCUGAAAAUGUUACUAACUUAUUUUUAUUGCUGCGUUAUAGCAACUUUUCACGUGAAGUGUCCUCUAUCAAAGUGAACGCUUCAUUAUAAUGAUGAAAAGGUUUUACUCUUUUAAAAAAAAAGCUUAAUUAGCUGUUCAGAUUAGAAAAAAAAAACAGUGUUCCUUGUAUAGUAACUUUUUCCACAAAUUUGAAUCCAAACUAUUCGUUUGUAUGAUGAUAUUGUUUUUGAAAUUAUGACAUUCCUAGUCCAUAUAGUCGAUUGACUGAGAAAAUUACAAGUUUAAUGUACAACAGUAGUGAAUUGAUUUCUCGAAUAACAGAAGAAAAAAUCUCAAGAAGAAAAGGCAAACUGGUGUUUUAGAGCCAUUUACGCUACUUUAAAGUACUUAUUUAUACACCCUGUUGUAGUUGUUUAUGUUGUCAUCAGUUUCCUAUUCAUCGGCAAAUGCUAUCAUUAAAGUUCUCCAGCAUAUUAAUAAAUUUUGUUUUUUCUCACUUCGAAAUUCCAAGACAUGUAGCAGUUAUGAAUUCUAGAUGUUUAGCUAUAUGGACACUUUCUUACAUAACAAAUAGGUAUACACGAA